AUGGAUCCUCUCACCGCCAUAGGUCUCGCCUCCGCCGUAAUCCAAUUCAUCGAUUUCGGGCUCAAAAUCGCCGCCCGUCUCAACGAUCUCAAUCGCAGCAAUUCCUCUCAAAUCCCCAAAUCACUCCAAGCCAUCUCCACUCAACUUCCACUUCUAGUCUCUUCUCUCGGACGCAUGAAAACGCAUUCUCAAAUCAACCAUCUCGAUUUCGAUUCCAAAUGUAUUCUCCGAGGAGUAGUUGCCGGAUGCACGGCGCAGAUUGAGAAAAUCGAAGAUAUCAUUGACAAGAUUUCGGCGGUGCCGGGCGAUGCGUUUAAAGUGAAGAUUCGCAAGGUUUUUGUGGGGUUGAGGUGUGAUGAGAAGGUUUGGGAGAUUGAGAGGAAUUUGCAGACGUAUAUUUCGGUGCUGGUUUUGCAUCAUGUGGUUGAUGCUACGGCGGCUAUGCCGUUAAUUGUGGAGGAUAGUUUUUCCGAUGUAAGAGAGAAGCGGGUGGUGCCGUUUGUUGAACGUCCUGAUUUGAUCAAGGAGCUUGAAGAUUUUUUCUAUAAGACUACCAGGUCUCAGGCUCAGGAGCCAACUUUUGUGCUGGUGCAUGGAAAUAAGGGGGUGGGCAAAACACAGUUGGUACUGAAAUAUUGCCACCAAGCACAUGCUCUCGGACAAUUCCAAACGGUGUUUUGGAUUUGA